AUGAAGAAGAAGCAGAAGCAGGAGGAUGAGCAGGCCGUGGCGAGCCUCCCCGAGGGGCCGCUCGUCGAGAUCCUGUCGCGGGUUCCCUACAGGUCGCUCUGCCGCUUCAAGUGCGUGUCCAAGCCGUGGCUUGCCCUCUGCUCCGACCCCGACAUCCGCAAGAGGUCGCCGCAGACCCUGACCGGCUUCUUCUACAGCACGACGCGCUUCUGCAAUUUGUCCGGGAGAGGCCCGCCUAUGGUCGACCCCUUCCUCCGAUUCUUGCGCAAGAGCUACGAAAGUGCCAUCAUCGAACAUUGCUGCGGUGGCCUUGUCCUCUGCAGAUGCCGGAAAUCACGUGAUUCCGACGAGGGCAAUCUUGUUGUGUGUAAUCCUGCAACGGAGACCUGGAUUCAGCUGCCUCCUUGUCCUAUAGAGUCGCCAUACGAAGUCGAAGAAUAUUUGGGUUUCGACCCAGCUGCACCCUCCCGUUUUGUGGUACUCGUGGUGCAGCUUGUGGAAUUCGGAGAAGUGGCCAUCUACUCAUCAGGACGAUGGACUACGGUGCAGAGUGGUUGGGUUAACCAACCUGUUCCUGUUGGUCCUUCAAAUAGCGUCUUCCUGAAUGGCACUAUGCAUUUGAUGACCCAUGAACCUUCGAUAUUCACAGUGGACACGCAGGGGAAGGUUUGGCGGGAAAUUGAUAUUCCGGGCGACGUGCCAGAGACCUGUGCAGGUUAUUCCAUUGGACAGUCUCAGGGACGCUUGUAUGCUUGGUUUAUAGAUGAUCCUAAUGUUUGCCAACUCUCUGUUUGGGCUCUUGAGGAUUAUGGCAGUGCAAAGUGGACCUUGAAGCAUACUGCUAACAUUUUGGAGCUGUUUGGAAAUCAUUGCCGCAAAGAUGGCGAGGUCUAUGAGAUGUUUGCAAUUCAUCCAGAUCGUAAUUUGAUUUUCCUUACUGACGGGAAGAAAAAGACUAUCUCAUAUGACAUGGAUAACCGAGAAGUGCAUGUUAUCUGCACUUCUAAAAAUUUGUGGGAUAUUCAACCUUAUAUUCCCUGUUUUGCGGAAUGGCUGUCAGAUAGUCACUGAAAGUCUGUGCAGGUUCACAUACCUGUCAUGGAACUAUUGCCUUCAUGAAGUUGAGUUGUUGGAUAUGGGUAGUGGCUUAGAUAAGUUAUGUGUAGCUAUAGCAUGCCUUUUUGUGGCUUUGAACAAUGUAUUUUUUUUUCACAUCUGUCUUUGAACAAUGUUGGCUAGCCAUGGAGAAUAUGUAGCACCAAGCAA